GAUACUAGUUUCCGCGACUUUGAAAAAUUAAAUAAUAAUCAAUAAUAAAUAAGACUAUAUCAGUGUAUUAGAUAAUUAUGUGUAGCAAACAACUUUAGUGGUACUUGACAGUAUCGCGUCUCUUAUUCAUAUUUUUCGUGUUCAGUGUUGUGUUAAAAAAAUAUAAAUGAAAAUGAGGUUGGCAGGCACGAUAUUUAGCAAUGUUACAAAAAUGCUGGACUUUUAUUCGCAAUUUAACCCAUCACCAUUAUCUAUAAAACAGUUUAUAGAUUUCGGUCUAAAUGCUUGCGAGAGGAAAUCCUACUUGUUCCUCAGGAAGGAGCUGCCAGUCAGGCUGGCGAAUAUAAUGAAAGAGAUAGCGCUACUUCCUGACAACCUGCUACGGAUGCCGUCAGUUGGUCUUGUGAACCAAUGGUAUGAGAGAUCCUUUGAGGAAAUUAUCCAGUUUGAGAAGAUGGACCCGGAGCAGGCAGUUUUGACUCAAUUUUGCGAACGUCUAGUACACAUUCGCAAUCGUCAUGCUGACGUGGUCCAAACAAUGGCCCAGGGAGUUCUAGAACUCAAGGAGUCGCACGAGGUGGAUCCAGGCGUCGAGAACUCCAUACAGUACUUCCUCGACAGGUUUUAUAUGAGCCGGAUAUCUAUACGGAUGCUGAUGAACCAGCAUACCCUUCUCUUUGGGGAGCAAAUAGGCGCCAAGCAGGAAUCUGUGAACGGCAUCGGGAACGGUGGCCGGCACAUCGGGUCUAUAGACCCGGCGUGUGAUGUGGCCGCGGUUGUGCGGGAUGCCUAUGAAAAUGCAAGAUUCCUCUGCGAUAGGUAUUAUUUGGCGUCGCCUGAUCUGGAGCUGUUACAAAAUGGGGUUCCGAGUGAUAGGCCGCUACCGAUAGUAUACGUGCCGUCUCACCUGUAUCAUAUGCUGUUCGAGCUUUUUAAGAACGCUAUGAGGGCUGUCAUGGAGCUUCAUGAAAGCAACCCACCGCCUGUUACGCUAAAUAUUAUUCAAGGGCGUGAGGAUAUUUCACUGAAGUUGUCUGACCGAGGUGGUGGCAUUCCUCGAAGCGUGACUGAUCUUCUCUUCAAAUACAUGUACAGUACAGCGCCACAGCCAUCUAAGUCUGAUUCACAUAAUGUUCCACUGGCAGGUUAUGGCUACGGACUACCGAUAUCGCGCUUGUACGCUCGAUACUUCCAUGGCGAUCUGGUUCUUGUCUCGUGCGAGGGGUACGGGACCGAUGCCGUAAUAUAUUUGAAGGCACUUACAAACGAAGCAAAUGAGUUGUUGCCUAUAUUUAACCGGACGUCAACUAAAUUUUACCGGCCGUCACCAGUUUUGGCCGAUUGGUCUGCGCCAGUUCAUAAUACUUCAGGCAGCGGACGUAAGGACAAGCCAUCUCUUUCACACAAGCUAUAGUCAGAGCGAGACGCCGAUACCACUGAGUAAGCGGCGUGACAUUGUAAGUUUCGUACAAUAAAUUUGAAUGUGCAUCGUAGCUGGGUUUUCUAAAUAUUUUUUUAAAUUUAAUAUUGUUAAAUUAAAUAGUCGUAAUAACGAUUUUGUUUAAUAUUUUCCUGGCGUCUCUGUUUGUUUCGUAAUAAAUUUAAUAGAAAUUAUGCGAAUAUUGUAAAUUGCUCUAAAGUAGAAAAACAGAUAUUAGCACUCUUAGUCCAAGUCGAAUAUAUCGAAUGAUACAUUGGAAUUGCAAACAAUCCUAAAUAAUGUAUUUAAAUCAUGAAAUAUACAUAUAUAUUAAUAGGCAUAUAUGCCAAAAAUUUCAUAAAAUUUUAAGGCUGUGUUAGCCUAGUGGUACUCUUAAACUACAUGGAUUGUGAACUUUGAGAACGAUCCGAGUUUUCGACCUGGACUAUGAGUUACCUGUAUCAUAAAAAUGAGUGUUGUAAAAUCGCUACGAUGUGUACAGGUGAAAUGUGAUAGAAAUUGUACCAAGUAUGAGUGAUAAGUGUUGCUAUCUCGCUCUUAUGUAUGCCAAACAUCGUUAGAGCGAGAUAGUGUGAUGUGUAUUGUGAUUAUGUAGUUUAAGAGUUGGUGACUUUAAACUGUUAUCUGUUUAAUUGACGAAAUUUAAGCUAUUUGCAACAGAAUGGUAUUUAUAAUUUCAUAAAAUUAUUCAGUUAAUUUUUUGUUAGUUUCUAUUUUAAACAUUAUUUCGAAAAUAUGAGAGUGAAUUGGCAAUAAGCAAAUAUACUCUCGAUUACAUACGCAUCAAGUACGAAUAGUCUUUAGUUGUGUAUAGACAAUAGAGAGCGGAAAUAUAUUUAGGUAUUCAAGAUAAAUAAUGAAGAUACGUUUAAAGCAAUUUUUUGUAUGUAGAUUUCAUCUUGACCGGCUAAUACCCCGCUUAAGUAGAUUUAAGAAUAAUAAUAUAGACAUGCCAAAAUUCUAGUAAUAAUUCUAUUCCAAAAAUUCGCACUUGGUAGCGUACUCGCAGGAUACUAAUCAACUAAUCCUACCUUCAAUUACUCUUUAUUGUAAAUUGUCAUCUGUCAAAAAGAUGUAAUUUUUCAUAUAAAAACACCUUAAUACAAAGCAAAUAUUACUUUGGGAUCUGGUAUUCCAUAUUUUUGCAAAACCACAUUGUGAACGCACUAAUUAAAAUUACUUAACUUAAAUUAUUAAACUUACUCAAUCCUGCGAGAUAAUUUGUGAUACUCGUUUUUAGACAAUUUUUACUUUAAAUAUAGUUGCAUACUUGAUGCCCUCUCUAUUAAAAUGGCCAAGUUAGACUUAAGAUCUAUUACCAUUGGUAUAUUCUUAAUAAAUAUUAGAAUAGCUUGUGAACCAUCAAAACUAUUUGUGGACUUGAAUAUGAAGGCAAGUGAGACGAAAUGAUGAGAAAGAACCUAAAUAUCAUUUAUGCAAUUCUGAAUGUAUUAUUUUAAAAUGUUUCUACUGUAAUAUAGAGUUAAAAUAGUUUUAGGAAAUGAUAUCAUAGAAUAAGUAUUAUUGUUACAAUAUAUAUGUAUAUAUAUGUAGUAUACUGAAAUAUCAGUAGGUAGUUCGUUUCAGUUGGGAUAAGA